AUCCAACCAAAAAACAAAAAAAAAACUUUUAAACAAUUGGAACACCUCGCAAAAUCGGCAAACCUUAUCUCCAUCCAACGGUACGAUCUGAUCUACCGUUUGACACAAUUCUCAAUUCUCUCCUUUUCCCCAUCCUUUCAAGACCCUAAUUUCAAAUUAAUAAAGGAAGGAUUAGAAAAGAGAAAAGGAAAAUUGUUUUUCUCUUCCAAUUGAAUUUGUGCAAUCUCAAAUGGAUUUCUUCAAAUACGUAUUCUCGGACGAUGCCCAACCCCAAUACUCCGAUCAACACAUCGACCCGACUCCGAACCCGGGCUCAUCCUCAGCGUGGAGCUUCGGCGGCCUGAUGAAAACACUUACGGACAAGUCUGAAUCCGUGAUCGAAUCCUACCGAAAGGACUUCGAGGAAUUCGGAUCCGGGUUAAAGAAGGAAACCGAGAUUAUCAGAAGCGUAGCCUCACGUGCCGUCAAUGACUCCCUUGAGAUCGGCGCCUCCGUUGCUCAGGAAAAGCUCGAGUCGGUGGGACAGGCCAUUGAUGACAUCGGUAGCUCCGUUUGGAAAUCGACGGCUCAGAUCAUCUCUCACGGUAAAGAUACGCUUUUAUCCCCGUCAGACGAUGAUAAUUCUGAUUCUGAAAAUCCUUAUGAUGAAAAAUUGAAUCUUAGUAAUAGCAGCAUUAGUGAAAAACGGUACAGUCGUUUUGAGAUGCAAAUUCGAGCGCUUCAGUCAGAAAAAAGUACUUACUCUACGGAACCAGAGGAUUUGGAGGAUUUUGAGAAUUGGAAAUUAGGGUUUAAUUUCGAAGAGAAAAAAGGGGAAAUUGAGGAAUUGUUUAAUGAAAAUCCUGUUAUUGCAGAUAUUUUUAAAGAGGUAGUUUCUGAUGAAGUUGAAUCUAACAGAUGUUGGUGUAAUUACUUUUAUAAGGUGAGUAGGCUAAUGAAAGCAGAGGAGGCUAGAGCUAAGCUUGUUAAAAGUGCAAUUUCGGGGGAGGAAGAGGAUUUGAGCUGGGAUAUUGAUGAGGAUGAUGAUGAGGAGAUUGGAAAUGUAGAUAGUGAGAAGAAGAUGAAUUUGAGUGAAGAUGGUGAGAAAUUGUCAAAAAAUGAUGAGGAGAAAGCAGGUUCGUGUAAGGAUAGUGAUGUUUCCGUAGUUUCAAGCCAGCAGUCGAUGCCUGAGGACGAAGGGUGGGAUGAGAUUGAGGAGAUUCGGAGCAGUGAUGACAAUAAAGGGGAAGAUGUUGGAAGUGCUAAUAAGGUUGAUCUGCGUAAGCAGCUGAGUGUUCCAGAGGAAGAGGAGGAUUUGGGUUGGGAUAUUGAUGAUGAUGAUGAUGAUGAGGAUCAGCCUGUUAAAGCUUGAUAUAAUAUUGAUAUCUGAAGGAAUCAAAAUCAAGUGUUAAAUACUAAUAUCAUUGAGGUUCUUUUAAGAUGAUUUUUUUUUUGUUAAUUUUAAAUACAAUAGUUUAUAAAUGAUAAAAGAUUACCUAAACAUGGUAAUUCAUUACAUAAAUAUUUCUCAGUGAUUGGAUUCAAUUAUAUGUCAAUUUUUUUUGCUUUAAAUGUUCAUACAUUUCAAUCAAUUCUAUGUGAAACAUUUGCAGAAUUGUAUCGUUCUUGAUUCAAAAAAAUUAAUGCUAUACUCAAUAAGCAGUGAAUGUCAUACUUGAUUUUCUUUGUCAAGUAUUUUUUUGUCAUAAUCUGUAUUUUUGGUCAUAAAUUUGAACAGAGUUGUCUAUGCUUUUU